AUGAAACGGUUAUUUGCUGGUGAAUUCAGUACAAGUAGUGACGAUGACACCGAAAGCAGUAGUUCAGAAGAAAUAAAUGACAAUAUAGGUGCUACAGCUAGUCAACUAGAUCGACAUGAUGAAUGGGUAUAUAUUUGGCAGAUCCAUGAUGAAGUCGUAGAAACUGCAAGGAUGUCUGUUGAAAGUGGCAAUAGUGCGACAAAUUUUCCCACAAAAUUAAAAUUAUAUUCAGAUCAACCACUUGCAAAUAGGAAAAUCGACCCAAUUCAAUAUUGGAGAGAAAACGAGAGUGCAUUCCCAGCAACAAGUAAAGUUGCUUUUAAAUAUUUAACAAUCUUGGGAGCAUCCGUGCCAUCUGAAAGACUGAUGUCUUAUUAA